CCCGGUCACAGCACCUCCUCGAGGGUCCCUCUCUCCCUCUAAAAAUCCGCAAAAGAAAAACCGAAGACAGUUUUACUCGGCCGUCUCCUCUGCAGCAAGCAACCCGAGGACUGCCAGCCCGGUCGGUUCCCCAGUAUAUUAUAUAUUAUAUAUUAUAUCAUCGGGGUGGUGGUAAAAGCGGGGGACGGCGGGGCGAUGGAGGGGUCGCAGUACCUGCAGCUGUUCGCGGAGGAGACGGAUUGGUACAACGACAUUGUGCUGGGCGCGCUGCUGCCGGGCGGCGCGCGGAAGCGCCUUCCGCGGCCGCUGCAGUCGUGGCUCCGCAACUACAUCGGCGGCACCCUCGUCUACUUCCUCUCCGGAUUCCUCUGGUGCUUCUACAUCUACUACUGGAAGCGCAACGUCCACGUCCCCAAAGAUGCAAUACCUUCAAAUCAUGCCAUGUAUUUACAAAUAAUAGUGGCGAUGAAAGCCAUGCCUUUGUACUGUGCUCUUCCAACACUUUCCGAGUACAUGGUAGAAAGUGGAUGGACAAGAUGUAUCUCAAGUAUAAGUGAGAUUGGCUGGCCAACAUAUAUUGCUUAUUUAGCUAUAUAUCUUAUCUUUGUUGAAUUCGGGAUAUACUGGAUGCACAGAGAGUUGCAUGACAUUAAGCCAUUGUACAAGUAUCUUCAUGCCACUCAUCAUAUCUACAAUAAGCAGAAUACUCUCUCACCAUUUGCUGGGUUGGCUUUCCAUCCUUUGGACGGGAUAUUGCAGGCCGUGCCCCAUGUGGUAGCCCUCUUCCUUGUUCCUGUCCACUUCACGACACACAUAAUUCUUCUGUUCUGUGAGGCUGUUUGGACGGCAAACAUACAUGACUGCAUCGAUGGCAAGGUGUGGCCCGUCAUGGGCGCAGGCUAUCACACUAUUCACCACACCACGUACCGCCAUAACUAUGGCCACUAUACCAUAUGGAUGGACUGGAUGUUCGGAACCCUUCGUGACCCUGAGGAAGAUGUUAAGAAGGCAUAGUCCCACAGAUUUUGGUGUUGGUUUGCUGCAUAGCUUUUGGUUCUCUAGUGGGUUGACGAGCUGUUGAAUCUUUGUAUGAUGUUGUUCUAAACUUGAUAGAAUGUUUGUGGAUUUCAUAUGAAUCUUUAUUUCAACCUGUAUAAUGACGCAGGAGUUCCAUCUUAAUUUGGUGUUUGGAUUGUUGAACAAGAGAAGGGCAUGGCAUAAAAAUCUGAAAAGGGGGUGACAACUGAAUGUCUGUGGGGCUGACAGGAAACCCCCUUGCCAAAACUGUGAGGAAAAAAUGUAUAAAACAUAUUUCAUAUUAUUACCCAUUUUGAUUUGACUACCUAA